AUGCCCAUGGCAAGACACCAUUCUUGGGUUACCCCUCCCAGCUUACAAGCCUUGAGAAAGGAAAAAUCCCGAGAUGCUGCUCGUUCUCGAAGAGGAAAAGAAAAUUUUGAAUUCUAUGAGUUGGCCAAAUUGUUGCCACUCCCUGCUGCCAUUACCAGCCAGCUUGACAAGGCAUCUAUCAUCCGAUUAACAAUUAGCUAUUUGAAGAUGAGGGAUUUUGCUAAUCAAGGGGAUCCUCCAUGGAACCUGCGUAUGGAAGGACCACCACCCAACACAUCAGUGAAAGGGAUACAAAUAUGGAAAUCUGAGGUCUGCAUGAGAAAGACACCAUGUGAAG